GUCACGUGAUCGCGAGGCGAGGAACGCGUCCAAGAUGGCUGGCCCCCACGAACCGCUUACUCUUGCUCGAGAUGUCAAUCGUGCAAUUGAGCUGAUGGAGAAACUGCAAAGCAGUGGAGAUAUUCCUCCAAAGAAACUUCAGGCUUUGCAGAAAGUGCUUCAGAGUGAAUUCUGUAAUGCCAUCCGUGAGGUUUAUGAACAUGUGUAUGAGACAGUUGACAUUCAAGGCAACCCUGAAGUCAGAGCAAAAGCUACAGCCAAGGCUACAAUCGCAGCAUUUGCAGCAAGUGAAGGUCACGCUCACCCUCGUGUAGUUGAACUUCCUAAGAAUGAAGAAGGUCUUGGAUUUAAUGUGAUGGGCGGCAGAGAGCAGAACUCUCCUAUUUACAUUUCUCGUAUCAUCCCUGGUGGUGUGGCAGACAGGAAUGGUGGCUUGAAACGUGGGGAUCAGUUGCUCUCUGUUAAUGGAGUGAGUGUUGAAGGAGAAAAUCACGAGAAAGCUGUGGAUCUGUUGAAAGCAGCUGAAGGAAGUGUUCGUUUGGUUGUCAAAUUCACCCCAAAGUUGCUGGAGGAAAUGGAAGCUCGAUUUGAUAGACAGCGUGGAUCUCGCAGGCGCUGAUAGGUAAUGGAAUUGUUUGUGACAGACUUGUCUCUGGUGAAUUUCAUUUCACUUGGAGUGUUGUUUUCCAUUGGCAAUCUCAAGGAACAGACAAGCAGAACACGAUAUCCACCAUGAAUUUUUUUAUUUACGGAGUGUUAUUUCGCCUUAUAGUCUUUUUUAAACUUCCAGCCCAAGUUGUUUGAAGACUGGAUAAUGCUAUCCACCAGAUAAAUUUCUAUCCAGUGGAUAAGUGUUAACAAAACAAACUACACUAUUCGCUGGAUAGUGAUUCAUCAUUUAUCCGAUGAUUGGUGUUAUCCACCUUUUGAACAAGCCAGGCCUGUGCAUUUUAAUCAAAAGUAUAGGCACUCUUAAACAGUAUAACAUGCAAUGCAAAAAUAUUUACUUGCAUUUUUCUUCUUAGUCUAGAAUAAACAAUUUGUAGGUUUUUCUGAUACACUUUGAACUUUGUAAACCCAAAUAAACCUGUAGUCAAUUCUUUGCAGUCAAUAGUUUAUUGUUUUCCCUUUUUCUUAGCUUGGGUGUGAUGGUACAUCUUUCAAGGUCUUCUCUGGGAACGUCAACAUAAUCACAACAAUGAUCUUUAUUUUCCUUCAUUUUAGAACUACAUGUUAUUUGGCCCGCGGAUAGCAAGUGCUAAUCUAGGCAGGCCGUUAACUGCCUAUGCAUAGAACUAGAUUAAUUAAAUAACAAUAAAAACAAUUUAAGCAACCUAAAA